AUGGCACACAUUCCGACCAAGUGGGCUGAGCGUAAAGACAAGCUUUACAUUACUCUUCAGGUGAGCAGCGCCACAGAUGUGAAGAUUGAGUUCACCGAGAAGACAAUCAGCAUCACUGGGAAGGGCAUCACACCCAAGGCGUCUGAGCCGCACGAUCUGAAUGAUAAGAUCGCCCUCAUCAAGGAGAUCAUCCCCGAUAAGUCCACUUUCAAGGUGGUAGGUGUCGCUAUCCAGGUGUGCGCGAUUAAGAAGGAUGAGGGAUACUGGAACAAGCUGGUAGACCAGCCCACCAGCAGCACGGCGAACUGGCUCUCCGUGGACUGGAACUUGUGGAAGGACGAGGAUGAGGAGGACGAAGCGCCGGCCGGCUUUGGCGACUACGGCGACCUCUCCAACAUGAUGAACAUGGGAGGCAUGGGGGGCAUGGGCAUGGGAGGCAUGGACGGCAUGGGCAUGGGAGGCAUGGGGGGCAUGGACAUGGGUGAUUCAGACGACGAGGAUGCGGAGGACGACGAGGAGGGUGUGGCGAAGAAGCCUGCAGCAGACCUGAACGACCUGGACGCAUGA